GGUGUUGGUCUCAAGAAGACCAUGGACCACCAGGUUCCUCUCCCUCAUGAGCGUCUUCAUAUACUUGUCCUUGUCCUCUCUCAAUGGCCAGCCAUUUGACUUGCAGGCAGAAAUCAAACUCCAUACCUACACUUCCCCCAGUGAGAUAAGAAAGCUUCAAGAACUGUGUUUUUCUGUCAAGAUUACUCUGGAGAAAGCAAGCUUUGAUGUUGACCAUUGCACUUCACAGACCGUGUUUGUCAAUACUUUCACAAAAUGGGACAAGGGAUUAUCGUCAUCUUCACAGGGUUUCUGCCUCCUGGACAAUGGCAAUGGAUUCUAACUCCUCAACAAGGAAGAAGGAAGAAUUCUCAAUAGAGAUUCAGGCACCAUCUGUUCCUCAGUUUAGAACAGAAAGGCCAUCCAAUCUCCAAUUUGACCAGCUGCAGCCGUCAGAUGAAGAAUUCAAUGAAGGGAACAGGGCUGAGUUUGGACCAUUCAUGGCACGAGCGGCAGUGCUGGAUGAAGAAUACUGGACAGCAGCAUGGCUGCGAGCAGAAAGUCACUGGGAGGGUAGACCAAAUGAAAGAUAUGCUGAAAACUACAAAAGGAAAUUUGCAGAGCAGGAGUUCAAUGCAUUAAAAAGACGAUGCAGAGGACAAAAUGACCAGAAAUACACCUGCAUUGUGGCAGUAAAGAAGGAAGAGAGGGGUGUAAAACAAACAGUACUGAAAAGUGUAGUAGGAACCCUCGAUUUGAGCAUCCGAUAUUUGUUGAAUGGAGAGACCUUUCCAGGGGAACAGGUUAAGGCUCCUCUUUUCUGCAGCAUCAACAGAACUAGAUCAAGCAAAUAUGGUUAUGUUGCAAACUUAUGUGUUGCCAAAUCAGUGCGCCGCCAGGGCAUUGCAAGCAAUAUGUUGCAUUUUGCUGUUGAAUCAGCCAAAUCAAUUGGUGUAGAACAGGUAUUUGUGCAUGUGCAUAGAAAUAAUGGACCUGCACAAGAACUGUACCAAAAAAUGGGCUUUGAGAUGGUGGAAGUGGCAAGCUCUCAACUGUUACAGGAGCAAACCUACUUGCUUUCCUUCAGGACAUAGAACUUAUUCAACACAAUUUUUUUCAAUUGUUUGUAUGGAAAGGGAAAUCAUUGUUCAUACAGACCAUUCAAUACUUGAUGUUUACAGUGCACCCAAGAUUGGGACGGUGCAGGCCUAGCAAAGCAAAAGAGGAAAAAAAACACUAUGUUUCAUUUGUACAAAGAAACAAGACUCAGGAAGUUUUUAGUCCUAAUGAAGAGGAUGAUCCAACUUAGAAUAUUACUUCUGAGCUUCAAAGAGAACGACAAUGAUGAAUGAAGGCUGUGUCAGGAGAGAAACUGGAUGCUAAAAACACAAAUCUGGCUGGAAUGUAAGAAAGCUUCACCUGUUACUACUUGACAGGCCUCAUUAGCUCUAAUUUCCGAUUAUCUCAAUCAUAAUUAUAAAGAAUUCCUUGUAGGAUUUAUACUUCCAAAAAAAAAAUGACUGGAAUUUUGACGUA